AUGAUUUCAAAAUCUAUUUUUUACUUGUUUUUCAUAAUACAUAUUUUCUCUAGCAUAUCAGAGUUAUCCUUAGACUCAAGCCUUCAUGCCAUCAACCUUCACUGCAAUAACAUCUCAAAGAUCGAAGCCAUUGAUCACAUUUGGAACUUGAAACAUUUAGACCUGUCGUCUAAUCAAAUCAGUCAAAUCGAAGGACUAAGCACACUCACAAAACUCCGCACUUUAAAUUUAUCCUGCAAUUUGAUCACAAGAGUAGAAGGACUUGAAGCACUGAUUAAUCUGACUAGACUGAAUUUAUCUUAUAACCACAUAAAUGAUCUUAGUGGUUUGAUGCCCCUUCACGGAAUCAGACACAAGCUCCGAUACAUUGACCUGCACCGCAACUGCCUAGACAGCAUCCACCACCUGAUUCAGUGUGUGGUGGGGCUGCACUUCCUGACCAACCUCGUUCUGGACAAGGAUGGGCAGGAUAACCCCGUGUGUCGUGUACCAGGGUACAGAGCAGUUAUGCUCCAGACUUUGCCACAGCUUCGAAUCCUAGAUUGCAAGAAUAUAUUUGGUGAACCAGUAAAUCUAUCAGAAAUGAAUUCGUCGCGUCUGCAGUGCUUUGAAGGCCUUUUGGAUAAUUUAGUUUCAUCUGAUUCUCCCCUAAAUAUAAGUGAAGAUGAGAUCGUCGACAGUGUGCCAGUGGUGACACCGCCCAUCGAUGCCAUGGCUGCCUUGGACCAGUUUGCAAGCGCGCCCGCGGAUACUGGUUUGACCUUCAUGUCUGCGUGUCCAUCUUCUCAGCCAGAGAAAGUGAAUCAUGAAAAUGAUUUUCAGAAUGAGAUGAAACUUCAGAAAUUAGAUGAUCAAUUUUUACAGCUUCUCAAUGAAACUUCUAGUUCUUUAAUGGAUAAUGUUCCCGAGAAAGACCUCAGACCGAAAAGAGACACAGAUGUGACUUCUGAAAGUGACUAUGGAAACAGGAAAGAAUGUAAUAGAAAAAUUCCUCGGAGGUCCAAAAUCCCUUAUUAUUCCAAAACUAUUCAGACUAUUAAGCACCACAAUAAGAACAGCAACCCUUUUCUAAGUUGUAAUCGUAAAAUGAAACAUCCUUUCUUUAAAGACUUAUAUGUAAGCUCAUCUUUAGCGAACUGUAAUAUACUGGAAGAAUCAGAAGAGCAGAAGACUGAACUAAUGAAAGUAGACAACAGCAGCUCAGAAGACAACACUUACCGGAUACUUGUUGAACAACUAGACCAGGAGAGAGAGAAGAGAUGGAAAGCUGAACAAGCUGAAAAGAAGCUUAUGGAUUAUAUCGAUGAGCUGCGUAAACAAGCAAACGAAAAAAAGGAUAUCCAGUGCCUGGCCCUGCUUACCACAGACAGGCUAAAGGAAAUUAUUUUUAAGGAGAGAAAUUCCAAAGUUCAACUCGAAAUUAUGGUUCACAAACUUCAAAAUGAAAUUAAAAAACUAACUAUCGAGUUAAUUAAAGCAAGAGAUCAACAAGACGACCACAUUAGACACUUAAGAACCCUGGAAAGAGCCAUGGAGAAAAUGGAGAGUCAGAAGGGGCAGCAGCAAGCGGCACAGAUGCGGCUUGUCCAGGAGGUGGAGCUCAAAGCUGCAGCUGCUGACAGAGAAAUAAACUUACUGAGAACCUCCCUUCACCAGGAGAAGGAGCAAGUGCAACAACUUCAUGAACUUCUGACACUGAAAGAACAAGAACACAGGAAAGAACUUGAAACAAGAGAGCUUGUUAGUGAUGCUGAGUUCCAGGAAGCUUUAGCCAAAGAGGUAGCUAAAGAAGAGUCAAAGCACGAACAAGAGAUAAAAGAGUACCAAGAGAAAAUUGACACAUUAAACCAGCAGUACCUGGACUUGGAAAAUGAAUUUCGCAUUGCUUUAACUGUUGAAGCCAGGAGAUUUAAAGAUGUUAAAGAAGGUUUUGAAAACAUUGCCACUGAGUUAGCAAAGAGCAAGCAUGCUCUUGUUUGGGCCCAACGAAAAGAAAACGAAUCUUCCUCUUUAAUUAAAGAUCUGACCUGUAUGGUGAAGGCACAAAAAACAAAGCUGGCGGAAGUCUCCAAAUUAAAACAGGAAACAGCCACAAAUUUACAGAAUCAGAUGAACACCCUUGAAAUUUUGAUUGAAGAUGACAAGCAGAAGAGUAUUCAAAUAGAGCUCCUCAAGCAUGAAAAAGUCCAGCUCAUUUCCGAGCUAGCAGCCAAGGAGUCACUAAUUUACGGUUUAAGGACAGAAAGAAAAGUAUGGGGACAUGAGCUGGCACAACAGGGAUCUUGUCUAGCCCAAAAUCGUGGUAAACUGGAGGCUGAAAUUGAAAAUUUACGUAAAGAGAACGAAUGUCUGCGAAAGGCCAACGAGCGUGACAAUGACGCAUUAAGAAUUAAGUGCAAAAUCAUAGAAGACCAGACUGAAACCAUCAGAAAACUGAAAGUUUGUUCACAGGAAAGAGAGGAACAAAUCAAAACAUUACAGGAAAAGAUCACUGAAAUACAGAAAUGUGCUCAGGAACAACUUGAUGAAAAAUCCUCAGAACUGGAUAACAUAAUUGAGAAACUAGAAAGACACAAUGAAAGGAAAGAAAAACUAAAACAGCAGUUGCAAGUAAAGGAAUUAGAGCUUGAAGAAAUCAGAAAAGCUUACAGUACACUUAAUCAGAAGUGGCAUGAUAAAGGAGAACUUCUAUGUAAUCUUGAAAUGCAAGUAAAAGAAGUGAAAGAAAAAUUUGAAAACAAGGAAAGGAAACUUAAAGCGGAAAGAGACAAAAGUAUUUUACUGCAAAAGGAUGCGAUGGAAAAGCUUCAUAGUAUGGAUGAUGCCUUUAAAAAACAAGUCGAUGCAAUUGUUCUAGCUCAUCAAACUGAAAUAAUGCAACUGGCAAGUGAAAAGCAGAAAUACAUUGAUUCUGCAAACUUGAAGGUUUAUCAAGUUGAAGAAGAAAUGCGUGGACUUCUGCAAGAAACAUGUAAGAACAAAAAAGCAAUGGAAACAAAAAUUAAGCAACUUGCUUUUGCUCUAAAUGAAAUUCAGCGAGAUUGUGAUGGUUCUGAGAACGAAUUUAAUUGAAAUGGACCAGCAGACCUAUUGUAAAAAUGAUUAAAUAUUGUAAUAGUAGUAACUGCUACGACUUUGAAAUGUCUCUUUGUACACAUUUCAUUCUAAUUAUAUUUAAAAGACUUUUGAUAAAGUAAUUGUAUGUGUAGGUUUUUAUAAUAAAUUGUUGAUAAUUAUGUGUAUGAGAAAAACCUAUCAUAAUAACUAGACUUAAGACACUUUCUUGUUUCUGUGCUAUACAUUGUUUGGUAAUUACACAUUUGCCUAUGAAUAUGUAAAUGAAAAUUUAGCAUUCGACUAUAGUGGGGAAAGUAUUUUAAUGAUUGUUGUUAUUGUCUUGAUGAAGAACUAAUUAUAUUUAUUGGUUGUCCUUUAGUUGAUGUAGCUCCAUUAUUUUAAAAUGCUCAUAAAUAUAACCAAAAAGUAUUUGAAAUCUGUAUGAUAAGAGAUGGGGCAUUCUUAAGAAAGCAUAUGUAGCCAUCUCCACCCCACUUAUACUGGCCCUUUUUUAUAAUGCAUACGACUUCAUUAAAGAUUAC